AAGUUGGUCGCAUUCCGUCCGACCUGAUGGACUUAAUGCUUCGAACGAAUCAUGCUACCCUUUGUUAGCAGAAGUGGAGAAAAAUCGUGUAUUGGUUAACGUUGCCGUAAUCGAUCGGUCGUUUUCGUCUGAUCUCCGCGUGUCUAACCUGCAAAGUGAAGCUAGUCGGUGGCGUUUUAUUCCCAGGCCAACUUCUCUGACGGCUAGUUAGCGGGUUAGCUGCCGAGACAACAGCCGCCGCGGCUCGGGAGAGGAUGUCUCUUCACGGGAAAAGAAAAGAAAUCUACAAGUACGAGGCUCCAUGGACGGUGUACGCCAUGAACUGGAGCGUCCGCCCGGACAAGCGCUUCCGGCUGGCCCUGGGGAGCUUCGUGGAGGAAUACAACAACAAGGUUCAGCUGGUUGGUCUGGAGGAGGAGAGCUCAGAGUUUGUCUGCAGGAACACGUUUGAUCAUCCUUACCCCACCACCAAGAUCAUGUGGAUCCCAGACACCAAAGGAGUUUACCCAGACCUGCUGGCCACCAGCGGGGACUACCUGCGCAUAUGGAGGGUCAGUGACACAGAAACGCGCCUCGAAUGUCUGCUGAACAACAACAAGAACUCUGACUUCUGCGCUCCGCUCACCUCCUUCGACUGGAAUGAAGUUGAUCCCAAUCUGCUGGGAACAUCCAGCAUCGACACCACCUGCACCAUCUGGGGGUUGGAGACCGGUCAGGUUUUGGGACGAGUUAAUUUGGUUUCCGGACACGUGAAGACCCAGCUUAUUGCUCAUGACAAAGAGGUGUACGACAUCGCGUUCAGCCGCGCAGGAGGAGGCCGAGACAUGUUCGCCUCUGUGGGCGCUGACGGAUCCGUCCGCAUGUUCGACCUCCGGCACCUCGAGCACAGCACCAUCAUCUACGAAGACCCGCAGCACCACCCGCUGCUCCGCCUCUGCUGGAACAAGCAGGACCCCAACUACCUGGCCACCAUGGCCAUGGACGGCAUGGAGGUGGUGAUCCUGGACGUCCGCGUGCCGUGCACUCCCGUGGCUCGGCUCAACAACCACCGCGCUUGCGUCAACGGCAUCGCCUGGGCACCUCACUCCUCCUGUCACAUCUGCACUGCCGCCGACGACCAUCAGGCUCUGAUCUGGGACAUCCAGCAGAUGCCUCGCGCCAUCGAGGACCCCAUCCUGGCCUACACCGCCGAGGGCGAGAUCAACAACGUCCAGUGGGCCUCCACGCAGCCGGACUGGAUCGCCAUCUGCUACAACAACUGCCUGGAGAUCCUGCGCGUUUGAAGCAGCAGAAAAUGAGCCCCACGUUUCACAUCUGGACUGUUUUUUUGUUUGUUUUUUUUGUUUUUUUUUAAGUAGCCCUUGUCCUCCUGCUUUCAGGCCGAACGAACUUUCUAAACGUGCGUCGGAGUAUCACGAAGUUGGUUUACAUUUAUCCGCUCUUCUAAUAAACCUGUUUUAAGCUCUUAUUUAUUUUUUUGCCUCAGCAGCUGUAGGAAGUGUUGGUGUUUUUAUUGAGUUAUUCUUUUUUUUUUUUUUUUUUUAUAUACUUCUCGGCCAGCUGGGAGAUGACCUGGAGCGGUUUAGAUCUUCUCUUUAGUUUGAGGUUGAUGCAAACUGCUGUAGGCAUCAGAAAAUAACACGUAGGAUUAACUCAUAGCCUUCUUGUGGAUGCAUACCAUAUAAUUGGGUGAAUCAAAGCAUCUGUACAGUAUGUUAUAGUCUCGUUUACCUUAUGUUGGAGUAGAAGAUGUUUAAAUGAUCAUCUUGGUUAAUGUGCUCCAGGUGCUGAUGCAACUGACACUUAAAAGUCUACCAGAGCGCCGUCGGCUCGCUAAAUAUCCCUAUUUGUUGAAGUUCAUUCUUUGAGACGUUGCAUUUUUCUUCAUUUUCGAGUGAGGCUUGAAACGAGCGGAGACUUUCUGCUUCUCUCUUCUUUUGCCGUCUGCGGUUUCUGUCCUUGUAGCAUGCCAAUUGCAAGGCAAAAUGUACAUAAGUAUAAAUAUAUCAAACCUAAGAUGUUGGUAAGCCAAGUGUUCAUGUUGUAGUGUUUUUUCAAAAAGUUUAAUAUUGAACUUGCUCUAUUAAAUUGUAACCUCCCCGUGA